UCAUCAUUGCUCAUUCUGCUUCUCCUCACAGGUGGGAGUGUUUCAAUGUUACAGGAACUUCGAGAGGAGCCAGUGUUGAGUGAGAAUUAUGAAGAAAUGUCAGGUGGGAGUGGCUCAGCGUUACAGGAGCUUGAAGAGGAUCCAGGUUUCAGUGGGAAUCAUGAAGAAAUGACAGAAUUCCCCAGGAUUCCUGUCCGUUUGCUGGAAACUGGUGGCUUGAUUGUGAGAAGAAUAGAAACUUCUCCAAUCGAUGAACCAGUUCGUUAUGACCGCUGUGGUUAUCAGGAUGUUCUGGACCACCUGAAGCUGAGCAAAAGCAAUGAUCUGUUCAGUAUGAGCCGGCCCGUCAAAAACCACACAUCUACAACAGAAGUUUUUCUGGCCAUGGCAAUCUCUGCCAUCCUUGACGUGAGAGAAAGAGAUCAGACUUUCGUUUCUUACAUAUGGAUUCAUAUGUCUUGGAACAAUGAACACAUUCGCUGGAAUCCAGCAGAAUUUUGCCAGAUUAAACACAUGUUGGUUCCCACUGACGUUUUAUGGAAACCAGACAUAAUAAUUGAAGAGAUGAUAGAGAAGGACAAAGCUCCUCCGAGUGACUUGAUCAAAAUAAGAUCAAAUGGUGACGUGGAGUAUCGGAACGACCAGGUGGUGAUCAGCAGCUGUAAGAUGAGAGUUUAUAAAUUCCCCUUCGACGUUCAGAGCUGCAACCUCUCCAUCAAGUCUCUCAUGCACUCUGAUGACGAAUUAUAUUUUUCCUUCAUCUCAAACACAACGGCGCUCACCGAGUUGUCCCGCAUGGUGAUGCAGACCCAGUACGAGUGGCUGUUCAUAAAUAUGACAGCCACCUCCAAAACUGACAAUGUGAGCAUCGAUAUGAAUCAAACCUCCGUCAUUCACACAAUCUACAUGAGGAGGAGGUCUCUCCUCUACAUUGCCAACUUUCUGAUGCCGGUCCUCUUCUUCUUGUGUCUGGACUUGAGCUCUUUCCUGAUCUCAGAAAGUGGAGGAGAGAAACUCGGGUUUAAAGUCACUGUGCUGCUCGCCGUCACAGUGAUGCAACUCAUUCUCAAUGAAAUUCUGCCGUGCUCAUCAGAGAGAGUCCCACUGAUAGCUGUCUACUGCAUUGGGAUUUUUACUUUCAUGAUGCUGAGUCUCCUGGAAACUAUUUUGGUGAUGCAUCUGAUGGAGAAAGAUGCUUGCUCCACCUCCAGACAAAAUGUACAGAAGCUGUACCGCUUUCCCAAAAAGCCAUCAACUGACAGCCUAAAAGACUACCGACCCAUCGCUCUCAUAGCCAUAAUGACAAAAUGCUUUGAGAAACUGCUUGCAGAACACAUCAAAACCAAACUGCCCCCCACGCUCAACCCGCACCAGUUUGCCUACAGAGCAAAUAGAUCCACCGAGGAUGCCAACGCUAUAGCUCUUCACAAAGCGCUGAGUCACCUGAAACACCAGGGGAACUAUGUGAGGAUGCUCUUCAUUGAUAUCAGCUCAUCUUUCAACACCACCAUCUCAGACAUUCUGGAUAGCACCAGCCAGCUGACAGAGGUGUCCCUGGCUUUGGGAAAAGUGUCAGAUGAGCUGGAGCAGAUUGAGAAAACAAUGAUGGCAACUGAAUGA